GAUGUAGCCCGUCACGUGCGAAUGCCAAAAUCAACUUUCGCUGUACUAGAAAGGCCGGAAGUUGUGUUGAGAAGAUUGAUCAGAGGUUCUGCGAUGACGCAUCUGUUCAUCUAGAAUGAAGCGACGACCGCGUUAGUGCUCGGGUCGGUAGACUACAAUGAGCAGAGCUAUUCGCCAGCUGAGAAGACGUGGAAAUCCCUGAAGAGCCACCCGGUUGUUCGGAUGGAGCGGGGCGAAACGGCAGGUUUGUCCAGCAGACGCAUAGAACUCCACCUACGGGCUCGGAGGGACUCCUGCAUCAAGACUCCGUUGCUUUAUUUCAUCCAAACUCCUAAACCACGAAAACAUGGCCGACCUGGCGGAACAACAAGUGGCCUCUUCAGCAGGUCCUCCUGCGCACCAGCAGGGCGGGACUACGUCUACGACGAAGUUUUCCACUACUUUCGGCGCGAAAAGGAUGAGCUCUUUCACUUCAGCGAUAAACCCUUUUAUGAGCAACAAUCCGUCAACAUCUGCGUACGAGGACAACAAGCUGCAAUUGGAAGUCCACGAGUGGGUGGAGGUGAUGGGCAUGGGCAAGGCGCAGCUGGUUAUUUCCAAUCUCGGGUACGGCAUUUGGCUGAUGGACGGCGCGUAUGCAUUGCAAAAAUGUCUGGGUCUGGAAAAGUGGAACUUGUGUUGCAUGUCUUGCAUUCCUGAAAAAUCUGUAUUGCAUACCUAGCAAGAAAGGCGCUACUUUUUCGUCCUACAAAAACGCAGUUUGUCAUGCGUGCUACGCAUCAGACGGCGUCAAGUAUACUUGUCAUGCUUGGCUGCACUUGAGAGCGCCAGUCUUAUCCAAGCUUUAGCAUCACAAGUUUCCAGACCCAGACAUAUUUGCAAUCCAUAGCGCGGAACUGAUCCUGCUCUCGUCCCUGAUCCGGGCGGUGGCGCAGUAUUGAGAGGAAAAAUCCCCCCUCCCCAUAUCGAAAAGGUAUAUUUGCAAAAAUGUGUGUUGCGGAUUUGAGGGCACAAAUCACAUCUGUCUUGCAAGAAGGCAAACCCAGAGAAUCCGCUGCCUUAGGGAGGCGAUUUGUAAUGCUGUUUCACCUACAUGGCAGGCCUCUCUUAUGCCAAGAGCCUGCAACAAAACACCCCUACGCAGGCUGGGGCUUUGCCUGUAGUGCCUCGCUGCAAGACAGGGCUGAUUUGUGUACACAAAUCCAGCAACAGAAGUUUCCGUUUCAAUAUGGGGAGGGGGGAUUUUUCAUUUUGAUACGCAGGAGUGGCAGUUCACCUCCAUGGAGCGCGGCAUCGUGGUGGGCAUCGUGUUCUUCGGGGUGCUGGUGGGCAACGUGCUCUCCGGGUCCGUGGGCGACUCCCUCGGGCGCCGGUCCGCGGUGCUGGCUAGCUACCUGCUGGUCGGGAUCUUCUCCGUCGCGAGCGUCUUUUCCUGGGACCUCUACUCCAUCUGCUGUUUCCGGUUCGGCGUGGGCUUCGCGUUCGGCAUCGGGCAGCCCAGCGGCAUCGCGCUCGCAAACGAAACGGUGCCAACGGACUGGCGGAUCUUCUUGUCCUUCGUCGGGGGAACCUACUUUGUGCUGGGGGAAAUGUACUCCAUCGUGCUCAUCUGCUACGACGACAUCCACAUGCAGGAUUUGAACUGGAGGUAAGUGCUACCUGUUAUCCUGCACAUGGAUUCAUCAUCGCUUUUUGUUUCUGCUGGCGAUGUGAUGUAGUCGCCAUGGUGGAGAUGUGAUGUCGUGUGAGGAUGAUGAAAUCCAUCGUGUGUGGUGCAUUUGUUCAGCAACAAAGACAGGAGCGAUGAACUUGUUCUUUUGAAACGGGCCAAUUUAUUUUGCUCAAUCCAAAUUAAUCCACCAGGUGGCUGAUUUUGAUGGGAGCGGUUCCCAGUCUGCUUUGGGGCGUCGCCGCGCUGCUCCGCCUCCCGGAGUCUCCGUCCUGGCUGCACUCCAAGGGGCGUUUGCGAGAGGCCGUGGAGUGUUUAGACUGGAUGCGGCGGCAGAACUUCGAGUGGCGCAAGAAGGGGUCGAGUUUGCACGCGUCCACCGAGUUGGCGCGUACCAUCGAGCAGUCCAGCGGGCUCUACCCGGACGAUUUUGCGCCCCGCGUCGUGGCGGACGAGACCGAGCUGGCGCCAAAUUCCAUUUGGCGCGUUCCCAUACACUUUCAUGAGGAGGACCAGGAGGGUGCUGCGAAUGGCGGAGGCAGUGCAGCGAACGGCGGCAGUCGUAGAACCUCCGCUGCACCACUACAUCGCGCAACAACUAUGGAGGAAGCUGCGGAGGAAACGAAGACUGGCGACGCGGUGGCCGCACCUGCUGCGGGCGAGCUCGAACAGAAAGAGGGGGACGAGACUGGAGCGAAAGAAGCAGCAGGAGAACAAGCAGCUGCAGGAGCCCCAUCGAUGAAUGGAGCUGCAUCGGGUUCUGCGGGAACAAAAAAUAAGCCUCCUCCUCUUCACGAGAACCACGAAUACCACCAGCAACAUCCCUCUUCGAAGAAAACUUUUAUGCAGCGGUUCGUGACCGUCAUUUUGCCGCCGCACGUUGCGACCACGUGUUUCCUGGUUUUCUCGACCUUCACCUGCAAUGUGGUGUACUACGGCGGCAUGUACGUGUUUCCCCAGGUCCUUGCCGACAUGGGCGACACGCUGUCCAUCCCCGCCGCCUACAGCCUGUUCAUCGCCUGUUUCUGGGAGCUCCUCGGGGCCGCCAUCGCUCUGGCGGUGGGAGAUCGGGUGUCGAGGAAGAAGGCCAUGGUGAUCUGGCUCAUUUCCGGCUCGACGUUCAUUUUCAUGUUCAUCGCGGCGCUGCCGAGUCUGAACCUGGACGCGCUAUGCAUUUGCAAAAGUAUCGUUUUGUACAAGUAUGAAGUAGUGUGAACUUCUGACUUGGAAAAUAGAAUUUGUAUAAUGCUGAUUGGCCUACGCCUAGGCCUGGGAUGAAGCAUGAGAUUUGCAACUUUGUCAUGCAAGAGCACUGCAAUUGCUACGACUGCGAAGAUACUUUGCCUAGGAUACGCGCCCAGUCACGAACACGAUAAGACCGAUAUGAACUUUUCCUCUUCUCACCGGUACAACGACGGCGAAGAGGAGGUCGUCAUAGCCCCGGCCGGCGCCGCGGCGAUGGGCCCGCCGCCGUUGAUGCGGCAGGACAUUUUUCCGGCCACCGAGGACGCCGUUUUGUCCUCGAAGGCUGCCCCGAAGGAACCGGCGGCAGCGCAGGAGAAGGACCCUUUUAUACUCGGCAGGCUCGGCGCAAAGCAAAGCAAGAAGAUCACGGUGCAGAUAACGACGAGUAGUGAAAAAGCGGGCGGGGCAGGAGCGAAGGCGAAGGGUGGAGGCGCCAAAAGUUCCCCGACAGAGGAAUCUUCGUAUCGAGAACAGAAAACUACAACUAGAAAGUCCGAGCCGUUUUCCACGACCCAAGCUGACCCCCAGUAUCGUGCUGGUGAACCGACACAGCACAAAGGCUCAGCUACAAACCGAAGCCGAACGAAGGAAAACCGGAGAGAGCAUCCUGGGGAGCAGAAACAGCAGAACAGAGCGGGAGCGGAUGGAGAAGGGAGGGAAGGAAGAACUCCCACUGAGAUGAACAAGGAAAAAGGAAUCUCCGACCUGGAGUCUUCGGAAGACCGCGAGGCCGUGCAGACCGAGAUCCCCAUCGUCGCGCCGAUAAUCCCGCCCGCGCAGCUGAUUGCGAGCAGCCACGAGGCGAUCCUUGAGAAGGAGAACCAGCAGCCUGCGGGGACAGCGAAGUAUGCAGCGGGGAGUCGUCGAGGUCGACGUGCACCUAGUACAACAACGGGAAUAAAGCAGGAGGAGGGUCGUACACCAACCAGAAGCGGGACAACGCCUCCCGUGGUAGCACCACCACCGGCACAACCCAAGGAGCCAGCAAGAAAGCCGCCCCCCGAGGAACCGGCACCGCAGGCGAAAACGGAGUUGAUCGUGAAGGCCACGAGUGCCGGCCCGGUGUUUAAGGAGGCCGCGCCGUUCCGCGUUGCCUUGGACGUCCGCCACGACGCGCUCACCGGGCCACUGUUCGGGCGAAAAGACCAGUCGCCAGCAACGCCUGUUUCGAUCGGAGGGCGGGGUGGCGGGAGUAAGAGUGCUGGGGGUCUCGGAGGUGCUACGACGUCUUUAUUGCAGACCCUGAUCAACACUUGGAUCGCGGGGGAGGGGCAGGAGAAAGAGAAUGCGAAGAUGACCAAGACGUCGCAUGAAGAAGUUCUUGACCCUGCUUUCACUUCUACACACCGCAGCCACUCUGGUGCAGGAACCUCCGGGCGGCGGCCCGUGGCACCUGCUCGGGUGGGGCGCGCCUCCGUGGCCAAGAAGGCUGUGCAGGAGUACUUCUCUUCCAAGAAGAGAACUGCGAAAAAUGGAAACAAGGCGAAGAAAACAACAAAAGAAGAAAAUAAAAAAUCAGAAGUAACGAUGAUCAACGUGGUCCCCAUCGUCCCCGAUCCGCCUGUGUUUUUACAGCACCACGACGUAGGAGCAGCUGAGACACGACAAAAACAGACGUCUUCUACUAGCAGGAGGAGCGACAGCACCAGUGUUGGUCUAUUGUCGCAUCUGCUGCACCAGCACGACCAGAGAAAUUAUAAGCACCAGCAUGAAGAUCAUCGGUUCCGAAGGGAGGAAAACACGGAGCGGACGCUGAGCGGAAGUGAAUCUUAUCAGGCUUUUUACAGAAGGAAAAAUCAUCCGCUGAAAAUUUCUCAAUCUGUCAGCAGUGCGGAGGCUGUACUGCAGCGCAUGAAAACUACUAACCAGCGGAAGAGGAGGACGUCGGAGAAACGGAGAAAGUCUGGUGCCAGAGAUUCAUCGUUGUCGUCAUCAUCGUCUCGUCGGGGAAGGGGAAAUGAAGAUGAAGAUGUCGUUUCAACAAGAACAUCGUCACGGGGGAGCGGUGUUUCGUCUCCGCGCGGCGAGAGUGGUCAACAGCACAACCGCAAGGAUAAAAAAGACACCAACGCUGCCACCCCCGGGAGGAGAAAAUCAAGGUCACUUCGCGACAGCCCCGAGGAGCCCAAGACCGCGGUUGCGAAACGGUCGUACCAGACGUGGCAGGAGCUCUUGAAGAAGCAGCGGGACCGAAAGGCCAAGCAGGAACAUCAAAUCUUGAAUGAGUACCACAACCACGUUGCCAUCGUUCGGGAGAAAACGAAGCAGACCGCCGCGGCGCAGCAGACAGAGCAGCAGAACCUGGAGAAGGAGCAGGAGCAGAUCCGCCAGGAGGAGCUGCAGCAGGCGAAAAAGAAGAAAAAACUCGGGUUCGCGGAGACGCUGUUGGAAAUUGGCCUGUUCGGGCAGAAGUUCGCGGUCAUCAUCGGAUUCCAGACCUCGUACGUGAUGGCCAUCGAGAUGUUCCCCACCAGUGUGCGCGCCACGGGCAUGGCGGUGGCGCUGGCCGGGGGGCGCAUCGGGGCGAUUGUCGCACCGUCGCUGUACGAAAAGAUCCUGCUCGUGACGAACAGCCCCGCCGCGUUCUUUUUCUUUCUGAUCGCGAUGCUGGGAAUCAACUUUUUCUUGCUCUUAGUCCUGCCCCUGCGGGAAACGGCAGGAAGGCCGCUGACCGAGACCGACAGCAGCAGCUCCGGGGCCAGCGAGCAGGAGGGACAGGAGGGAACGAUUGCUGGUGCCCUCGAGUCCUCCGAUCCGUACGCGCCGAGGGUGAUGCUGCUGGAGUUGCUGCACCCGGGCUACUACGAAAGCAAAAUAAAUCAUGAAGAUCGACAAUUUGUUCCAAGCGGUGACAAGAACGAUCAAAACAUCGCCGAGAAACCACGAAACGACGAUUUUUAUCAGAGGCAAAAUGGAGGUACGACGGGGACCAGACCAUCCACCCAAGACGAACCUGGUCACUCGCCUCUGCCGCCUCUCGCGCGACAGGCGGUGCCAGAGAAGAAAGGCGAUGUGUGAGUUGUACAACCGAUGGACAAGAAGUUUCAAUAGAAGAAUACAGUUUUUCUGAACGAUUUUUUGAGAAUACACAAGACGCCUGAUGAUGUUUUUUCUGUACAAUUAACAAGUUUCUGAGAAUAAAGACGCCGUAGACCACUGUUGAUCCAAGAUUGGCUGAGAAUAAAGACGAAAAUAGUACAAAAAGGCCACUGCAGGAGCCACAGGUAGAAGAAGAACCUUCGUGGGAAAGAAUCCAUGAUGAUGGACCCUUCGUACUACGAGAUUGUACAUGGUUUUGAGCAGCCGGUGAAUAAAUCACUGCAAUUUUCCUUCGGCAAAGGUACGACCAGGAUCAGGUUCAGGUUUCUUCUGGCGCG